AUGCGCCGCCAUUCCACUUCCCACAUCCCUAGCCAGGUCAAAUCGCCCACCCGCUCCGCCUCCUCCCACAACACGGACAAAGCUUCCUCGUCCGCCGACAACGACACGCCUCCUCCUCGAGAGGCAGGCACGAGUCUGGCGACUGCCCGCCGCCUGGCUCAGCAUCGUAUCGAGGCUACGGCGGCGGCCACGACGAGCCCCGGAUUCCACACCGUAGUCUGGAACGAGCAUGGUGCCUUGGUGGAGCGCUCCACCAUCGGCUUCCUGGGCACGGUCGUCGAGAGCAAGGUGUUCUACAGCCUGAGACGCGACGUCGAGGGCAGCGACGAGGCCGUUCUCGGCGUUGACAGGGGCGUGGGCGGCUUGCUGGACAGAGGCGAGGAUGGCAUUGAGACUGGCAGGGAGGGGUGCACGGGGAGUUGGAAUCUCGAUGGGAGUGUAGUACCGGUGGUGCCGAGUGGGAAGCUGGGGAGGCAGAGGGAUGUGUGGUGGCAUACGGAGCGGGCACGGUGGAGGGAGGUGCCGUUAGAGAGGUUCUGUGGAGGGGGCCGCGGGAGGGGGGGGGGUUAA